AGUCCUGGAAGCGCAGCUCCAUAUAUCACUUGCUCUGAACGGUGGUUUACGCUGCUGGCGUUGGUGACGUUCCUCGGUUUUAAUUAAUAUCUCAUUAUUUCAUUCAAAUAUAUUUUUACUUCUGGUUCCUGACAUGAAGACCGAUCGACAUGGACUCUCAUAUAUCCUCCCACUACAACCAUGCCAGUCCUUAAGAACCUCCCGUCUCGGCUGAAGGGAGGCAGGUUUAGCGUGGACUUGUCGACUACACACAGUGAGUUCAUUCUCAGAAAAAUGAGUCUUAACCUCAAUCCAUUUGAGGAGCCUGGCUCAGACGAGGACUGGCCCAGAAGCAACGGAGGCUCACUUCUGGAUGGGCGUGUGCCCCGGGACAGAAACCCGUUUGAGGAUGAGGAGGAUGAAAAUGAGGCUAAUGAGGUGCGGCGUGGAGGAUCAGGGAAGGGAGGCUCCAUCAAAGGCACCCUGGAACGCAUGAAAGGGGUCUCUCCCCUCAAGACGCUAGGAAAACUGGGCAAGAAUUUGCGCAUGUCUAGCAGGAGCAAGGAAAAGGACACCCACUCCCCACAGGGCUCUAUAGGUUCAGCCUCACCCAUGCAGAGGAAGAAGAAGGGCAGACGGAGUUCAGAAGGGAGCUUGCUACGAAUGGCCGGAAAGUGCAAGGAGAGCUUGACCAAUGGUGACCAGUGCUCAGAAACAGAUGCUGACUCCACCAGUCGCCGACUCUCCUUCCUGAAGAUGGUGGGCAAGGGCAAGAUGAAGAGGGAGUCCAUGCAGGACCACUCAUCUCAGGGGCCUGAAGAGGAGCCGGUGGAGGAGGUGCCUGAGGUCAAACCCAGGGAGCCACUUUCAGUAUUGGAGAUCCUGCAGUUAGUCACGAAAAGAGAUUUGUUUUUGGCUGACACUCACAUUCUGGAGCUGGAGCAGGAGUGUAGGGAGGCCGAAUCACCGACAGCAGGGGGGACCGAGGAUUUCAGCAGCCCCAGCAGCAAAGACAGCAGUCGGCGCAAGGCCAAAGAUGUGGAGCUGCUGUACGAGGCCCUGCAGAAAGAGCUGUGGGACGUGGUGAAGGAGUCUCUGCGUAGCCCCACCGCCGGGCCCAACCUGGGCCUGGUGGUGCAGGUGCUUCAGCAGGAGGAGCAAGCCGAUCGGGACUGGGCUCAGAGUGAAGGAGCCGCUCCAGGAGGCCCGCGGCCGAGGGAGUUCAAGAAACGCUGGAGGGAGGCGGUGGUGGAGUUGGCAGAUGCAAACUUACCCCAGCAUGAAGAAGCACGGGCGGGCAAGCUCGCAGCCUACCUGGAUAAGCUAAGAGUGCGUAUGGUGGAGGACCUCGGAGCGGCUCGGCGUAACGUGGCAUCUGUAUAUCCUGCGGAAUAUGACUCCUUCCAAGUGUACACACAGAGCUACCAUCAGGCUGUUACCCGUCGGCUCCAGGCUAUCACUAAUGGGGAUCUGCAGAUCACUGAUAUAUACUCUUUGCUAGACUGGCUCUACAACAUUUACAACAGAGAUGUCCUUGGAACAGUCACCAUAACAACACCCAUUAACCUCUCGCAGCUCGGCCCACUGCUGCCAGCGGAGACGGUGCAAAAACUCGAGCUUGACUGCCUCAACUCAGUCAGGGGGAAAGUGACCAAUGAGCUGUCUCAGGUUUUGGAGGAGGAGGAAAAAAGAUGGCUGGAGACCCUGAACGUCGAGGAGUAUCAGUUACCUCUGGCUCGCACUGUUAUUCAGAGGCUACAAGAAGACCUUGAGAGAUCUGCAGCCGUAAACAGAGAUUUGGGAUCACGGGUUGCUCAAUGCAGUCUCAACGGACUGGCAGAUUUCCUGUACAGUUUUCAAAGAAAGGUGGAGAUGUUCCAUGAGAUGCUCGUAAACAGCUGCGAGUUAAAUGAAGACGGUUACAUCGCUAAAACCAUCGCUCUUGUCAACUGCUGUCCAACGUUCAGGAGCUUUGUGGAGCGUUGUGGCCAGUGUGACCCCUCAACCAGCGAGGACUCGAUUCGUAGAGCCAACACAGCUCUGGACAGGAUAGUCAGCUUGAGUGUGCGAGUGCUAAACGACAGACUUUUUGAACAUAUCAGGCCCUUAUUCGAUAAGCUGAUUAAACGGAAAUGGCUGAGCAACACUGAACCUUUUGAGCAAAUCGAGGUGCUCAUAAAAGAGCACUUCAAGAAGUUUCGCAGGAUGGACAAUCCACCUUAUGAGGUCCUGGUGGUGGAGGUGCACCGGCGUGUGAUGACUGAAUAUGUGCGGGCCAUCAUGAGGGGCAGAAUCAUCUGCACAUCACUCAAAAUGAGGAAGAGGAUGGCUGGACGCCUCCGUGACGAAGGAAAGCACCUAAAAACACUCUUCAACGAGCUGGAAUCCUCCGCCUCAUGGCUUGACAGUGCUAUUCCUCACUUAUCAGAGAUCAUUGUCUUGGAAGACACUCCCUCCAUCCAAAUGGAAGUUGGCGUCCUGGUACGGGAAUUCCCUGACAUACGGAGGAAGCAUGUUUCCGCCAUACUCAAUAUCCGUGGGAUGACUCGACAAACAGAAAGGCAGGAGAUCUUGAAUAUAGUGAAAGACAUCGAGAACAGCGACAGCGUCAUGCGGGUGUCCCGGGACAGGGCUCUCUUUGCUGAGGUGCCGGUGACAUCAGAAGUACACUGUCUAAAUGUAGGCCUGAGCCGCGUGGCCCUCACCGCCUCGUCCCUCUUCUCCAGCAUGCGGUUCCGGCGCAGAAGGACUCCAGCCAGGGAAAACCAGGAUGACAUGCUGUAAUCCAUCUCAAAUGGAUGCUCAUAGAGCACUGGAGCCCAUCAGCACAGCAUUUGUUUCUAAAGUGUUUGCAUGUGCCAUUGUCAUAUCAUAAGGACAUCUUACAGAUGCACAGGAUUGCAGGUUCUCUGAGAAAACUGAAAAAUGACACUACAGUUGGCAUCACCACAAAUGUUUUUGCACAACUAACAUUGCAAAGGCUUUUGUGAAAUACAGUGGCACCAAAAAUAUUUCGGCACUUUUAAAAAUGUAUGAACGUCUUUUCAUGAUAUAUCAAACCAAGUGGCAUUUAUCAUAGAAAAAUUUUUAAAACACACUUUUCAAGAAAAAAUAUUUUAGAAAUGAAGUUUUUAAGUUUUCAAUGAAAUUUUGUAGUUGUAAAAUGUUAGUGGAACAUGUUCUUAUAUAUCACAACAAAUUGUCUCAGGACCAGUUGGUUAAGAGUCAUAGCAGAAAUGUCAAAAAGAGUUCUGUGAAAAGGUCUAGCCUCAUUUCAUUCCUAAUACAUUGAAGCACAUACAUUCUGUGUAUCUUAAAAUGUCCAAAUAAUCAUUGGGGCCACUAUAUGUUUUUCUUUUCUCUAAUUGAUGUAUGCUAUUGUCUGAAUAUAUAGUAAGAAAUGUCUUUUAGAAUCUUAAAUUGCAGGGGUCUAAGUGCGUAUUGUAAAAAAUAUAUAACUACUGAUGAAAACACUGCUUGGUUUUGGCAAUUAUUAGUUUGUUUGUUUGUUUUUUUGUUUGUUUGUUUUUUAAAUCAUGUGACAGUAAUUGAUAGUUAUGAAAUUGUUUUCUUUUUUUUUUUUUUUUUUUUUUUUUAGUUGCACAUGACUGAAGACUGAUUUUAAGGUACUAUGCAAUUGCAGUUAUCUUUAAUCUUUCAAUUAUUUUGAUCAUAUUUAAAUGGAUGAUUUUGUGGUCCAGUCAUCUAUUAUCUGUCAUGAAAGAUAAAUGUAUUGUGUUUGAGAUCAGUCAGAUUUACCUGUGAAAGAAAUCAAGAGGGACUAUUUAUGUAUUGCAAGACUUAUUUAUUGCACCUGUAAUUCAUCUGUAAUAAAUACUGAAAAAAAAAAACAACUACAAAGGAAACCAAUCCAAGCACAAAUAACUUCAACCAAAAAAUAAAUUCAUGAAUAAUUGUAUCACUUUAGAGACACUGUGCUCAAUGUACAGCCAUAGAAGCUUUUGGUGUGUUUACCUUUAAUACUGAUGGACAGAACUUUUCAAACAACAUUUAUGGAUUCUGCAUUUACAGCGCAACAGAGAUUGUCUCCGAAAAAUAUCAUUUUUCAUCCAACUUGUCUUUUCAGCAUAUUUGAUAAGUCUGUAUAUGUUGCUGUGUGAGCACCAUGGAAAGGAAAUCAAAGAACAUUUCAGUAAACUUAAGGGUACUCUGCAUGUUGCUACAUAUGAAAGACUUAAGACUUUGACGUAAACUGAUAUUUUGGUUAUAGGAAGAAAAAUAUUUUACAGUGUACAUAUAUUAAAUCACAUAUGAAUAAAUGACAGAGGAUCAGA